AUGGGAUGGUAUCCGUCAACGUUACAAUUAGAAGCUGCGAGUGUUCAAGUAUCAAUAUUGAGCAUCAUUACAUUCGGUGGAUUGGGUAUCCAUGAUGCGCUGGCCCAGGGUCAAGACGCUUCCGUGUUUCGGAAGCGAGAUCUUGCUUAUAGUCAAUUAGCAUAUCAUUUAGUGAGUGCGUUCUUUUCAUUCUUCAUAACCCCAUUCUUAUGUCAAAUAGGGGUACGAAAGCUAACGUUACUGGCUACCAUCCUUAGUUGUAUAGAAGGUAUCAAUGAAGCGGCGACAUUCUCAUGGUGGAAUAAGAAUACAUUCUCACUUAUAAUAACUGGUUUUACAAGUUCGCUUGCAAGCUCACUGUUAUGGAUGAUCAUAUUUGCUAUAGUCUGUGGCUAUUCUACACCGGCCGAUAGGUCACGAUAUAUAGCGAUUAGCUGGUCCCUGAUGCAUUUAGGAGGAUCGAUAAAUGCUGUGGUGAACAUUCCAACGGUUCAGUAUGUCAGGUUUAUUUCUAUGACGCUGGUGAUUGUUCUCUGUAGUAUAAUAUCCAUAUAUUUCUGUAUGCUACUGGUUGAGCCUGCUCUGGUUGUUAGACCUGAUGGUAGUUACGCUAAUACAUACAAGAUUAGCUCAGUUGGUAGUGUGACGCAUGAACUCAUGGCUAUUUUCAGAGCAGCAAACCCUAACACAAUACUAAUGCUUCCUACCGCUGUUACAAGCAUAUGGACUAGACCCAUUCAGUUGGAGUACCUCACGGAAAUAUUAACGCCCACUCAAGCCAAAGGUAAUCUGGCGUACGCGGUCUACUUCUUAAUUCAGGGCGCAGUGGUAUGGCUUCUCCCCCCAUUGUUGGACAAGAGAAGAAUAAGCCCUAAAAUUGUUUACAGCGCCGGAAUGCUUAGUACCGUGUUAAUCAUGCUCUUAACCGUCGCCCAUCUAUACAGCGAUCCCGUCCUGGACUUGACCACCACCCGGCCGGAUAGUACAAAAACAGCCAUCAGCUUAAUGGCCGGCCUCGGCGUUUCCGACUGCUUGCUCAGCACCUUUAUCAUGUGGGAUACCAGUGUUCUAGGACAGGGCAACGCCCGCAAAUGCGUACGCGUAGGCUCCUUCUUCCAGGGCUGGCAAAGCGUCAGUGGAGCCCUCGCCUGGUUGUGGACCAACAGCAGCUUUUUCACACUGAAACUGCACUGCUGGCUUACCAUCUUCUUCACCUUGCUCUCGUUCCCCCUCGGGAUCGCAGCAUGCGAUCUUCUUCCCGAUCUGGACGGCACCGUGCAAGACGACGAUCAGACCUGCGAGUCAUUUUAUUCCCUUUACAUUCCCUCCUAG